CCAAGUGUUUAGCAGUCCGACCUUACGAGAAGAUUCUCCCGUUUCAAUUUUUGAAAUUCGCAUCAGAAAUGGUCGAGUUUUUUUAACGCGCCAAAAAAAAAACAACUCUCGCCUGGAGUCGAGAAUUGGCAAGAAAUCUUUCCUUGUUCUUAACAACCGGUAACCGGUGAGAGAGAGAGAGAACAAGAACGCGAAGGGAGCUUUACUCAGGUUUGGCCGAUCACCCCCUUCUCUGGCGGCAAUUAUUCGCACCGUUUAGAGGAGUGUGUACUGCUUAGAACUCGAUUCUAUCUAGUCUUUAGUAUCUGAACACUGCGAGCAACCUAUUCGGAAACCGGUUUCUGAAGCUCCGCUAGAAUCACAGGUUGAGCUUUCUCGUAUGCUGGAGCACUGUUCUCUUUCAAGCUAGGGUUUUUUCAUUAUUUCAGUAAUAUAAUUGCUGAUUUUACACGAGUUCACUGCGACGAGCAAUGAACAAGGAAGCGACAUAUCCAAUUUAUAAUCUGCAGAUUUUGGAUUCCCUUGGUGACAACUCCAUUGACGAGAUUUUGGAGAGCUGGAAUGGUUUUUGUGUGAGCACAGAAUUUCUUCUCAAGGAUAGCGGAGAUCUUUCGGUCGGUUCAGAGUUCGUUUCCCAUGUACAUGUACUUUGCAAGCAGGGCCUCUACUCGCUCCUUCAGGAUUACUUUCUUCGAUCACUGGAGGAAACGUUUGAGAAAAAUGGUGCAUCAAAGUUUUGGCGGCAUUUUGAAGCUUAUGGAGACAUCGCCAGGCUAGAGAAUAAAAUCCAUAUUCAAGAAGAUUGGGCCCAACAAGUAUUAUGCAAGUCACUUGAAGUGAUAUGCUUAGAAAAAGAAUAUCUGGAAAAGUGCCUGUUAAUAUUAGUCAACGCUUUACAGUCAUACAAGGAAAGCAUGUCAGGUGGAAGACCUAAUGCAGAUAUGGAGAGACUCCAUCUUAUUUCUAGAUACCGGUUAAUGGUAUCUUCAGUACUCAUGACAUCACUUCCUCGCUGUUUUCCUGGGAUACUCCGCAUCUAUUUCAAGGAAAGAUUAGAAGAAUUAAGUACAAUUAUGUCUGGAGACUAUGAGAAUGAUGCUGAUAUCGAUGCUAUGGAUUUGGAUGGAACAUUAAAAAACUCCUCUAGAGCCAAUGAAAUGGAUAUUGAUGAAAGCAAUCACAGGAGAAAAUUCUCUGAGAACAGCAAAUUGGUGAAAAACAUCGGAAAGGUUGUCCGUGAUCUUAGAACUCUCGGAUUUACAUCUAUGACUGAAGAUGCCUAUGCUUCUGCCAUAUUUAUACUUUUGAAGACCAAAGUUCAUAACUUGGCUGGCGACGAUUACAGGAGUUCUGUUUUGCCAUCCAUUAAAGAGUGGAUUAAGGCUGUUCCACUCCAGUUCUUGUAUGCUCUUCUUUCUUAUCUUGGUGACUCAGUUACUUAUGAUAGCCCUUCAUCGGGUCUCAAAUCACCACUUGCUUCACACCCCUCUUCAUGCUUCUCUGGUAUUGAUGCUCCCUCUGAAGGACUCAUCAGAUGGCAGUUGCGCCUUGAGUAUUUUGCUUAUGAAACAUUGCAAGAUCUAAGAAUAGCUAAACUUUUUGAGAUUAUUGUGGAUUAUCCUGACAGCUCUCCUGCAAUUGAAGACUUGAAGCAGUGCCUAGAGUAUACUGGGCAACACUCAAAGCUUGUUGAUUCUUUUAUUUCUGCACUGAGAUAUCGCUUGCUUACUGCUGGUGCUUCGACCAAUGACAUACUGCACCAAUAUGUUUCAACUAUCAAAGCACUCCGGACAAUAGAUCCAACUGGUGUUUUCCUUGAAGCAGUAGGUGAACCAAUAAGAGAGUAUUUACGGGGAAGAAAAGAUACCAUCAAAUGCAUUGUGACUAUGCUAACAGAUGGGACUGGAGCAAAUCCAAAUGGGAGUGGAAAUACUGGGGAUAGCCUCCUUGAAGAGUUGAAUAGAGAUGAAGAAAAUCAAGAAAAUGAUGGUUGUGAUGAUGAUUUCAACACUGAUGACAAGCAAGCCUGGAUCAAUUCUGAACGCUGGGAACCUGAUCCAGUGGAGGCAGAUCCAUUAAAGGGUAGUAGGAAUAGAAGGAAGAUUGACAUGCUUGGAAUGAUAGUUGGCAUAAUUGGCUCAAAGGACCAGCUAGUUAAUGAAUAUCGUGUUAUGCUGGCUGAAAAGCUUCUUAACAAAACUGAUUACGACAUAGAGUCGGAAAUUCGUAUUUUGGAACUACUCAAGAUACACUUUGGAGAGAGCAGCAUGCAAAGAUGUGAAAUUAUGCUGAAUGAUGUGAUUGACUCAAAAAGGACAAACACCAAUAUAAAAGCAACCAUAACACAGCCAUCACAGAGAGGUGUCGAGCAAGUAGAAACUGGGGUUUCUCUUGAUCUUCUUGAUGCUACAAUCAUAUCAUCAAACUUUUGGCCACCAAUUCAGGAAGAAUCCCUUAACAUACCUGGGCCUGUGGACCAACUUCUAUCUGAUUAUGCAAGAAGGUUUAAUGAAAUCAAGACACCUCGCAAGCUGCUGUGGAAGAAAAAUCUCGGUACCAUUAAGCUGGAGUUGCAAUUCGAUGAUCGGGCAGUUCAGUUCACAGUGACUCCAAUUCUUGCAGCAAUAAUCAUGCAAUUUCAAGAACAAACAACUUGGAGCUCUAAGAACCUUGCAGCUGUUAUUGGGGUACCUGUGGACAUACUUAAUCGGAGGAUAAACUUCUGGAUAAGCAAAGGAAUCCUUGCAGAAUCAGGGGUUGCAGAGUCUGAUGACCACAUAUUUACCCUUGUGGAUGGAGUGGUUGAUUCAAAUAAAAAUGGCAUUAACAAUGGGGCCUGUGAGGAGGUGCUACUGGGCGAUGAGGAGGGAGAGAGAUCUGUGGCCUCUGUUGAGGAGCAACUACUGAAAGAGAUGACUGUAUAUGAGAAAUUUAUAAUGGGGAUGCUUACUAAUUUUGGCAGCAUGGGAUUGGAUCGGAUCCAUAAUACUUUAAAGAUGUUCUGUGUUGCCGAUCCUCCGUAUGACAAGUCACUCCAACAGCUGCAAAACUUCUUAUCCGGUCUUGUAUCAGAGGAAAAGCUUGAACUACGAGAUGGCAUGUACUUUCUGAAGAAACAGUAACAGAGAGAAGGUUGCAAUACUAUUACACUGAGCAGUGGAGACUAAAGAAAUUUCGAAGGCUGGGAUUUCAGGUUUUGGAAGAAGUGCUUCAGUCUCUUUGAUUUGAGAUCUGAGAUAUCAGGUAUUAUCUCUGACUUUAUCCCUAUAUUCUGGUUGCUUAUGCUUCUAUGGCUUUUGAAUUCAGUGAUCAUUGAUGUGGAAAGCAGGGGCAUUUUGUAGGAAGUUGGCUUAAUUCUUAGCUGCUGCAUGCCAUCAUAAUUCAUUUUACUUCAAUCCUUAGGGCUCCAUCUGGUUUGAUGUCAGGUGGUGUUGAGUAAUAUUUUAUAAGGAAAAAACCAAUAGCAUAACAGAAAUAGUUAUAAUAUUGUAGAUAAUAAAUUGUUGUAAAGUAAAAUGUCUCCUUUGCUAUAUUUAGUGAAUAUAAUAAUUUGUAUACAAAUUUAAGUUAGUUGCUAUAUUUACUGAAAUUUUGAGCUA